AUGACGGGUAUUUGGAUAGCGGUUAUUACGGUGGUCACUGGUUUUUCUGUUGGCGGUCGUGUUGUUGAUGAUAAUGGAAAGGGAGUGGAUGGUGUAAAAAUAGUGGUGGAUGGCCUUGAGAGGUCUAUCACUGAUAAAGAAGGAUAUUAUAAGCUCGACCAGGUUACAUCUAAGCAGUAUCUGAUUGAAGCGACAAAGGAGCACUACAAGUUUGACAAACUGAUCAACUUGAUGGUUUUACCAAAUAUGGCAUCAGUUGUUGAUAUAAAAGCAGUGUCCUAUGAUGUUUGUGGCUUAGUGCAGACCGUUGAUUCUGGUUACAAAGCAAAGGUAGCUCUGACUCAUGGACCACAGAAUGUUAAGCCGCAAAUGAAAAAGACUGAUGAUAGCGGCUAUUUCUGUUUUGAGGUUCCACCUGGUGACUACCGGUUAUCAGCUAUUGCAGCCACACCUGAAACUACUCCAGAUCUUCUMUUUUCGCCACCCCAUAUUGAUGUCAAUGUCAAUGGUCCCUUGCUGUCGCUGAAAUUUUAUCAGGCACAAGUUAAUGUACGUGGCUCGGUAACUUGCAAAGAAAAUUGUGAUUCWUCUGUUUCUCUUGCUCUUGUGAGGUUGGAUACUAAAAGCAAUGAAGAGAGGCAGACAGUUGGUUUGACUGACCAGAGUAGUGAAUUUUUAUUUCAGAAUGUGCUACCUGGAAAAUAUGGGCUUGAGGUAAAACACCUUUCUAAAGGAGCUAUAUCUGGAGAAGAUAAAUGGUGCUGGGAACAGAGCUAUGUACAUAUAAAUGUUGGAACGGAAGAUGUUGAAGGGAUUAACUUUGUUCAGAAAGGUUAUUGGAUUAACUUAGUUUCCACUCAUGACGUGGAUGCAUAUCUGCAACAAUCAGAUGGUUCUCAUGUGAAUCUAAAAAUUAAGAAAGGUCCUCAACGCAUAUGCAUUGAAACUCCUGGAGUGCAUGAAGUUCACUUUGUAAACUCUUGUAUACUUUUUGGGAGCUUACCUGUGAAAAUUGACACAGCUAACACAUUGCCUAUUUAUCUGARAGGGGAGAAGUAUCUCCUUCAAGGACAAAUAAGGGUUCAGUUGAGCUCACAAAACGGUGUUGGCCAGUUACCUGAAAAUMUACCGAUCGAUAUUUUGAACGAUAAAGGAACUGUUAUUGAUGGCAGUACUGCAAGGUUUGUAGUCAUCGGAAAUGAGGAAUCAAAUACAGCUCUUUAUGAGUUUGAAGUAUGGGCCAAUCCUGGAGAAAGACUUACAUUUGUACCUCGGGACACAUGGAGCAAAAGGGAAAAGAAAAUUUUAUUUUAUCCUCRACAACAUCAGGUCAAAGUGGCACAUGAUGGCUGUCAAGCUUCAGUUCCUCCAUUUUCUGGGCGACUGGGUUUGUACAUUGAAGGAUCAGUUUCUCCCCCACUUCCAGAUGUUAUUAUUAGAAUAAGGGCUGCUGGAGAUAGUCACAAUGCUCAAAUCAAGAAAAAUGAACUAGCUUUUGAAACAACUACAAGCAAAGAUGGUUUAUUUAUUGGGGGACCCCUAUAUGAUGACAUACCUUACCAUAUCGAGGCUUCAAAGUCUGGCUAUCAUGUAAAGGAAACUGGACCCAAUUCCUUUUCCUGUCAGAAGCUUGGUCAGAUCUCUGUACAUAUACAUUCUAAAGAAGAUGCCAACGAAUUAUUUCCUUCUGUAUUGUUAUCAUUGAGCGGGGAAGAUGGUUAUAGAAAUAACUCGAUAUCUGCUGCUGGUGGAACUUUCGUAUUCGAUAACUUGUUUCCUGGGAGUUUUUAUCUCCGUCCUCUGUUAAAGGAAUAUGCUUUCUCACCGUCAGCACGGGCAAUUGAACUUGGUUCUGGGGAGUCUAGGGAAGUUGUCUUCCAAGCCACGCGUGUUGCUUAUAGUGCUAUGGGUGUGGUUACUCUGUUGUCUGGUCAACCAAAAGAAGGUGUUUCAGUUGAGGCCCGCUCUGACUUGAAAGGUUUUUACGAGGAGUCUGUAACAGAUUCAUCAGGAAGUUAUCGCCUAAGGGGACUUCAGCCUGAUACAACAUACACAGUUAGAGUAGCAAGGAGAGGUAGGUUUGACAGCUCUCAGAUUGAACGUGCUUCUCCAGAGUCUGUUGUGGUCAAGGUUGGAUACGAAGAUAUCAGAAGAUUAGACUUUUUGGUUUUUGAGCAGCCAGAUAUGACACUAUUAACUGGCAUUGUUGAUGGAAACAGAAUUAAAGAACUGCAUGAACACCUAMAAUUGGAAGUCCGAUCAGCCAGCGAUCCAUCCAAUAUCGAAUCUCUCUUACCUUUGCCGCUUUCGAACUUCUUCCAGUUGAAGGGGUUGCCCCGGGGCAAACACCUUCUGCAGCUUCGGUCUGCUCUAUCAUCAAGUAACCUCAGAUUUGAAUCUGAAGUGAUUGAGGUUGAUCUGGAGAAAAAUACCCAAAUUCAUGUGGAUCGCUUGAGAUACAAAGUUGAAGAUGAUCACCAUAAACAGGAACUAACUCCAGCACCCGUCUAUCCACUCAUUGUUGGAAUAUCGGUGAUCGCUCUACUUAUCAGCAUGCCAAGAUUAAAAGACAUAUACCAAACGAGUGUAGGAGGAGUACUAGURCCAGGACCCAGUGCAUCAGCUAAAAAAGAAGUAAGAAAGACAGCAGUGAGAAAAAGGACUUACUGAAGAACCAUUCUUCCUAGAAGCUUGAAGUGUUGUCUCAACUAAGUUGCAUUUAGCAGCAACGUAAGCUCAAUUCUGCUGUUGCUGAUGGCUGCUUUGAGCAAUUUGGUAGUUACCAUUGUUGUCAUUAUAUAAUAACGAGAUGGGUUUUUACCCAUGAAACUUAGUCAGCUAAAUUUGGUUUACAAGUAUUUUUGGCCUUGGCUUUCGCUUGCUUUUGGCAAACUCCCAGUACUGUGCUAUUGAAGAAUGCCUGGCACAAUGUGGCUGUUUCRAAUACUCGUAGCCAUUUUUGUAUUUAGCUUAUUUCUUAAGAGUCUAAAAUUGUAGCUUCUGACUUCAAUUUCUUUCCCUUAAUGCUCAAGUGGCAAACGUUUGCGGUGGUAAAUGAAUCAUAUGAUUGUAGAUAUGGUACAGCAUCAGUGGUUGUUAUCUGUGUAGUUAUUAUGAAACACAAUCUCGUAAGAAACUUAUUCUGCAUUCUGCAAUACAAUGUGUAUGAC